UGGGUCAGAACCUCAACAAGCUGCUGUUUGGGAGUUUGCGACAUUACUGGAAACCAGCAACAGACCAGCACUUGCCAUUGAGACAGUGGUGUGGACUACAUACACAUAUACCGAGAACGUUCUGAUUUGAAAAGAAAAAAAAAAACGUUUUAUUUUUUUAUUUACAUACUGAAACUAAGGCUCGUUGCUGCUGAAAGAAAGUGCCUUCGAUGUCAGCUUCAGGUGGCGGCUGUGCGAUAUAGUCAGAUAAUAAUUCAAAAUUACUCGAAGGCGAUGUCUCCAGGCGAUAGCCCACACAUUCGUCUCGGAAGAAUUCGGUUUUUAAUUGAAUGCAUAGAAUGUUUUAGGCACAAUAAACCCCUCCCGGAGGCGCUAUGUUUCGUCCCCAAGGAAGUUUGUUACAAAAUAUGUAAGGAUUCAUCGUUCAGUUCCAUUUCUUGUUCGUCGGCUACCUCCACCGGCAGCUCUACAGCGGGGAAGACUAUUAUUUCGGUCUGGGAGUGUCCAUUUCAGUCUCUGCCGAGCAAAAAGCUCUUAAAAUUUAACAUCGAAGCAAAGAAAGGGACAUGCAUUAGAGCUACGGGGGAGGAACACUGCAACACUUACGGUCUCUGGGUGAAAUUAAACAAGGAACAGCUGGAAGAGCACAAGAGUGGUCUGGAUGUGGAGGAGGGCUGGAUCCUGGUUUGUAAGCAUGCAGAGGGAGGGGAUCGGCUGGUUCCUGUGGAGUCACAAGAGAGAGUCCAGCUUCAGGAGCAGCUGUUUGGAUAUGACUACAAACCUUAUACCAGGUGGGAGCAGGUUGUGGAUGCGCAGUGUUCCCUGCACUUGGGAUCGAAACCCAGAGUCGCACAGCAGGACGAUGCAGCAGUGCAGAAACUCAGGUAUGUUCCUCCCACCUGGACAUUUGAGUGCGAUGAAGAUUUAGUUCAUUAUUUCUACGACCAUAUCGGUAAAGAGGAUGAGUACCUGGGAAGCAUCAAGCAGUAUGUGGAAAGCAUUGACGUGUCUUCCUGCUCUGAAGACCCAAAUGGUGGUGCCUGGUGCAUGACGGAUGGGGACACUGGCACAUACUGGGAGAGUGACGGAGCGCAGGGACAGCAUUGGAUACGCCUGUGCAUGAAGAAAGGGACUGUUGUAAAGAAGUUGAUUCUGACUCUUGACACAACAGAUGAUAAUUACAUGCCCAAGAGAAUUGCUGUGUAUGGAGGAGAAGGAGACAACCUUAAGAAGCUCAGUGACGUUAAUAUCGAUGAGAGUCUGAUUGGAGAAGUGUGCGUUUUGGAAGACAUGACCGCACAUCUGCCAGUCAUUGAAAUCCGAAUAGUGGAAUGCAGAGAUGAAGGAAUUGACGUCCGGAUCAGAGGAAUUAAGAUCAAGUCAUCCAGAGAGCGGGACCUGGGGUUGAACGCAGACAUGUUUCAAUCUCCAAACCUGGUUCGAUACCCACGACUAGAGGGGACCGACUGGGAGGUGCUGUACCGAAGAGUCCUGGUCAUUCAGAGGUUCAUCUCUCUCUUGGAUGGCCUACUCCACCAUCUUGUCCCUGCCUGGGACUACACACUGGGGACCUUCAACCAUCUGAAGCAUAUCAAGCAGUUCCUGUUGCUGUCAAAGCGACGAUCAGCCCUGAUCACACAGUGCCUGAAAGACUCGGAGACCAGCAAGCCUGACUUAAUGCCCAGACUCUACAUCAACCGGCGCCUAGCCAUGGAGCACCGUGACAACCCGUCUCUGGAUCCCAGCUGCAAGCACGCUGUCUUCAUUCAGGUGUAUGAGGGUCUGAAACCUUCAGAUAAGAAUGAAAAGAUGCUGGAUUACAGGUGGCCGGUGAGUUAUGACCAGUGGUGGGAGUGUAAGUUCAUCUCCGAGGGGAUCAUUGACCAAGGUGGUGGUUUCCGAGACAGUCUGGCUGAUAUGUCUGAGGAGCUGUGCCCGAGUUCUGCUGAAUGCCCAGUGCCUUUACCUUUCUUGACUCGCACAUCCAACCUGGGUACUGGUGAGUCGCGGGAUCGCUACGUCCCAAACCCCUCCUGCAGGGAGUUUCACAAAUAUGAGUGGAUUGGACAGCUGAUGGGAGCAGCUCUCAGAGGAAAGGAGUUCCUAGUGCUGGCUCUGCCUGGGAUUGUGUGGAAGCAGCUAACGGGAGAAGAAGUGAGCUGGAGCAAGGACUUUCCUGCAGUUGACUCUGUGCUGGUGAAGCUGCUGGAGGCAAUGGAGAGCAUGGAUAAGGAGACGUUUGAGUUCAAGUUCGGCUCCGAGCUGACAUACACCACCCUGCUGAGCGAUGGACGCGUGGUGGAGCUGAGCCCUGGCGGCAGCAGCACUGUGGUGAAGUACGAAGACCGCAAGGAGUUCAUCCGGCUAGUGCAGAAAGCCAGGCUGGAGGAGAGCCGUGAACAGAUCGCAGCGAUGCAGGCGGGUCUGCUGAAAGUGGUCCCGCAGGCCGUCCUCGACCUCCUGACCUGGCAGGAACUGGAGAAGAAGGUGUGCGGAGACCCUGAGAUCACCGUGGAGGCCCUCAAACGCCUCACCCGAUAUGAGGAUUUGGAGCACUCUGAAGUACGAGUGCAGUAUCUAUGGGAAGCACUGACUAACUUCACCAACGAGGACCGGAGCCGUUUCCUCAGGUUCGUUACGGGCAGGAGCCGACUUCCUGCCCCGAUCUACAUCUUCCCAGAUAAACAGGGAACUGAAACCACAGAUGCUCUUCCACAGUCAUCUACUUGCUCCAGUACCCUCUUUCUACCAAACUACCCCAGUGCUAAAGUCUGCGAGGAGAAGCUUCGCUAUGCAGCCUACAACUGCGUAGCAAUAGAUACAGACCUGAGCCCCUGGGAGGAGUGAUGGCUCACAAACUGAUAACAAAAUCAAUAGUACUGAAAUACCACAUGGCUUUUAUAUGCACUUACUGUAGCUGAUAUUGGUGGUACGAAUACAAUAUAUCUACACCGAUUUGCCAAUCACAUGUACAUAAUAAUAAUAAUAAAUAAUAAUAAUAAAAAAUUUAAAAAACUGAA